UCGGAUAUUAAUCUUACUUAAAGGAAGGUACGACAUCAUGAAGACUUUUGCCUUUGUCGCUCUGUUGGCCCUGGCCAGCGCCACCGCCUUGCCACAAACUUCUGAAGUGGAAUCGAGGAGAGACGUUGUGGAAGCUGUUUAUGACGUUAUUAAUCGUAUAAUUAAAUGGAUAGAAGAUCGUGGAUUGGACCCUUAUACUCUAGACUAUGUUGAGGGACAAUACGAAUUUCCUAUCCCUGGAUUAUUUACAGCUCGCGGUUCCGUAAGCGACCUGUCCGUCGUUGGUGCAAGCAACAUCGUUGUCUACGAUAUUGGUUUUUCCCUCAUCAGCCAAAAGCUUACCUUUGACAUUGGCAUUCCUGAUAUCACCGCUUCCCUUGGUCUCGCAGAGGGAGAAGUUUCAUUCCUUGGCCGUCCUGCCCACCGUGGUCUGGCAUCGGGAAGGCUCUCCAUUAAGAACUUCCGCAUCACCGGUGACGUAUCAGUCGACAUUUCUGGAGACAACGUUGACAUCAGCGACCUUGUUGUUUCUGCUCGUCUUGGUGGCAUUGAGUCCGGUAUUCACAUCAACAUCAUCGGGUACGACGUGUCUACUUACGUCAACAACUUCCUCAGCAACACUCUCCCCAACCUGCUUCAAAACAAUGCUGAAUACGUGGACAAGAUAAUUGGAGAAGCCAUCAUGUACUUCCUCGAUAGGAUUCUGUAAGAGGAGUCAUGAAGUAAAUUUGUAAUAACAAAUAGUUCGUAUAAUGUACAUACAUAAUUAUACAAUGUUAUAGUUAUUACAGUUUUGUACGAAUUUUAACAUCUUGUUUAACAAACCACUAUAAGUACCUUCUCUAUGCGUAACACCUGAGUUUGUAAAAUA